AUGAACACAGUAAAUCACCUAGAUCUAGAGUAACUCAAGCAAUACUAGAACACAAAGUGCAUAGUCACAAUUAUCAAUCCUCAUUUCAAGGAAUUGAGUCAAACUCAAAUUGGCAAAGAAAAGUUUCGUAAUCCUGAAUCAUAUGAAGAUAUCAAGCAACUACUUGAGAAGAAUUAAGAGGAUAUAAUCCAUGAUAGUGUCUCAAAUAAAAAAUAUAAAUGUUUCUUUGAAAAAUGCCGCAAAAGCUUUUUCACAUCUUCGAAAAGGCCGUUCCCUUGCCACUAUGACAACUGUGAAAAAUCAUUCAUGACUAAAGGCCAUUUGAAUAAUCACUUGGAGACUCAUCUGGAUAUAAAAUAAUUUGCUUGCUCAUUCGAAGGAUGCAAUAAGUCCUAUAGUAGAAUGUAGAGAUUAGAGGUUCAUUUAAAGACUCACUUGGGACAAAAAGAAUAUGUCUGUCCUUACAAAGAAUGUCAAAGGGCAUUUUAUGAGAAAGGAAAUCUCAAAACCCAUCUUAGAAUUCAUACUGGAGAAAAGCCUUAUCACUGUUACAUACCUUGGUGCUUGAAAUCCUUUUCUACUCAAGGACAUUUGAAUGAUCAUAUUAAAAAGCAUUAAGAAGGAAGAAUAAGACCACCACACAACUAUAAUCCUAAUGAUCCUAUUGAGAUAAGACAUCUUGAGAGAAGAGAUAUUGAUAAUGAAUCAGAUGAAGAGCUAAAAGAACCAGAUUCUAGUUGCAGAGUAUCAGAAAUGUCCUUAAUGCCAAAAUAAUCUCUGAAAAUCGAUAUAAAAUCUGCGAAUAGCAUGAGGCAUUAAGAUAAUGAUGCCAAGAUGAGUUCAUGUUCUGCUCAUAGUAUUAGCAGCUAUGCUAACAAUGAGAGCCAUAUUCCUAUGGCUGGAGCAAGUUCAUUCUCAAUAGAAAAUAGAGAUGUGAAAUAAGAGCCUGUAUAUUUAGGAACCCUUGUCAGAAUAAACAAUCCUAAAAAGGGUCCUAGAAGUAUGAAAUGUGAUACAGACUAAGAUGAACUUAGUAAAGUUAGCCCUUUAAAAAGAUAAAAACUUUAAAUGUCUGAAAUGGAUUCUAGCCUUGAAAUGCAUUAGAUUAAGUCUGAUAUGACUUUUAGUAAAACAGAAAUUGAGACCUAAGCAAGCAAAGUUGAAGUUACAAAGGGCAGAGAAGCUAUGGGAAAAAAGAAGAUUAAUAUUCAAAAUCUUAAUCUAAAUGAUAUCAAUCUUUCUCAGAUACCAGGGCUAAACCAGAGUGAAAUUAAAAAUGAAAAAGACUAAGGAUUUGAUAGACCAACUCCGAUCAGAGUAAAAUCAUUAAAUACUUCCCCUGGGAAAGUUGUACCAAUAAAACCUACACCUUUAAACACACAACACUUACUAAAUGGAAUGUCACCAAGUGCUUUCCAAUUUCAAAGCCUUUAGCCUACCCCUAACUAAAUGUUUGGGAAUAGUACCAACUCAAGUUAAAAUCCAAUGCAAAACAUAAUGACAAGCUUCACUCCAAACUAAUUUCUAAUGAGUUAAAAUCAGUUCCUAUAGCCAGGAGCUUUGCAGAGAAAUUAAGGGACUGGAGGAUAGUCAGGCUUUACACCUAUUUCUUCUAGCUAUCCUAAAGGACAAAACUAGUAAGCUUCACCAAAAGUCUUCACUUGGAAGAAUGAUCACAUUCAAAUGCUAAAUAACCCUGAAACCAAUUCGAUUCAGACUCCGACAUAAAGCAUGCAUCACCAAUAAAAUCAGUUUUCUGGUAUGAUGCCUUCUCCUUCAGUCAAUCAAUGCUUCUUUCCUAGUCCAUUAAAUUCUAAUACAAAUGGGAAUUCCAAUCUAUAGCCAUCGAGAUUUGGAUAACCUAAUAGUAGCUAAUAGAACUAGGCUUUCAACAGUUAUAAUGGAUUGUAAUUUACUCCUUUGUCAAGCACAUCUUCAAUCAAUCAGUUCAACUUUAUGCCGUAGCAAGACAGCAGAAUGUAAUGA